CUGGAAUCCAGAUAAAGGUGUUUUGAAAUCGGAAUUCUUGUCAAGGGCGCAGUAAUGGACUACACAGCCCUGUCCAGCCAAGAACAUCUACCUCAGUUCUCUGACUCAGCGAUGAACCACAGCAAUGAGGAACCCAACUUCUUCUACGAACUGGGGGGCAGUGAGGGUAGCCCAUCACAUUAUGGAGGAGUAGUAACUUCCCGAGCAGGGGCAGCAUUCCGUCACUCUCCAGUGCUCCAGACAUUCCCAUCUCAUUGGCCGGAAAGCAGCUCAGGAAUUGCUCACAGCUUGGCUGCCUAUGGAAGAAGCCCCAGUGCAUUCCCGCUGUAUACAACAGGGGCUUCCCACUUUGCUCCGCUUCCCUCCUCAACAUUUUACUCUACAGCGCCCUUCCUACUGAGCCCUGUUCCUCCAGCUGAACGUGAUGGGAGCCCCAAAUUCCUGGAGACCCUAAAGACUGAGAGGAUGAGCCCCUUAAGCAAUGACUUUCUGACCCUGGAGCCAAGGAGUCCUGGAAGUCAGGGUUUACCUCCGAUGGGUUACAUAGGAACAAUGCAAAAUUUCAGCAAUAGCAUAUUCCAAGCAUCAGAGGAUCGUGAGUGUGUGAAUUGUGGAGCUACAGUGACCCCACUAUGGAGACGGGAUAUUAGUGGCCAUUAUCUGUGCAAUGCCUGUGGGCUGUAUCAUAAGAUGAAUGGACAGAACCGCCCGCUGAUUCGACCCAAGAAACGACUGAUUGUCAGCAAGAGAGCUGGAACCCAAUGCAGCAACUGCCACACCAGUACCACCACCCUGUGGAGGCGGAAUGCCAAUGGAGACCCAGUGUGCAAUGCCUGUGGGCUGUACUACAAACUGCACAAUGUGAAUCGCCCCCUGGCAAUGAAGAAGGAUGGAAUCCAGACUAGAAACCGCAAAGUGGGCAGCAAGUCCAAAAAGAAGAAACAACAGGUGCAAGAUGGUCUUUAUGAGAAUCACAAGAUGAUGCCAGAGGAGCCGAAUAUGUUCCCAUUUACACCUAUUCUGGUACCUGGUCAGAUACCUCCUUUGGGACACCUGAUGCCUGGCACCUCUCCGCAUCACCUGAUUACUCCUCCCAGAAUCCCUCACUCACCUCCUCCCAUCUCCUACAGGCCGCACCUGCUUUCUGGGGUCACUUCGGCUCUGAGCUAAAAAGAGUAACACAGACUGCGAUCUACUCUCUUUCCAAAAACCUUCUCUUGGCUACAUCCCAGACAGAGUAGCA